CUUAAAAGAGCCAGUGGAUAUCAGCAGCUUCUUCCGAACUAAUGGAUGCACGUGAACGCAUCCCUGCAGGCUCUGAAUACGACGAAGAGCGGGCACAAUUUAAAAGUAGACUGAAGAAAAGUUUACGCAACGACCGCGAACAGUGGUGGGCAACGAAGGCUAAAGAGUUGGAAAAGGCAGCGGCGAUUAAUAACACUAGACAGUUAUUUAAACUUAUUAAGGAAAGUAGGCAGAAAAGGUCAACUGCGGUUAAUGAGACCAUAGCGGAGAAGGAUGGGUCUGCGAUUCACUCACAGAGAAGACGAAUGGAACGAUGGGCAGAACACUUCCAGGAACAGUUUAUCUGGCCUCCAGCCAGCAUCGCCUUGACUGCUUAUCCAGUCGAAUCCUGAAUGGAACAUUUAUAUAAGUCCUCCAACACUAGCGGAAGUCGAGAAAGCUGUAGGUAACUUCAAACGAAGAAGGGCAGCAGGACCAGACGAACUAACUAUUGAGAUAUACAAGGAUGGUGCUAA